AUGGGUAAAGGAAUCCAAUGGGAUUCAUGGCUCUCUAAUGGAAGAGUUAUCAUCUCUUUCUUCUUUUUCCAAUCUUUUCCCAUUUCAGCUACCCAGUGCCUUUGUCUUCUGCUUCUUACCUGCCUGCUGGCCCUGGCAGCAUCUCUUCCUGACCUUGACAUAAGAAAUUUGUACCUCCUCAAUGGCACGAUGGACGACAUUAUGAAUGCUCCUCCAGAGUCCCCCCAGCCUGAUGAUGGUGAUGGACAUGUCCGACAGGCCAGAGACAUCGGCCACCACCCGCCGGCAAGUCACGCCCCAGGUUGGCCCAAGGACUGCAGUGAGAUUCCCCGUGGCAGCCACAGCGGUGUCUACAUCAUCCAGCCCAAAGGGCUCCACCACCUCGUGGUGUACUGUGAGAUGAAUGUGACCCAUGGGGGCUGGACCGUGAUCCAGAGGAACCAGAGAGACACACCAGUCACCUGGGCCGAGUCCUGGAGCACCUACAAGUUCGGCUUCGGGAACGUGCGCACCGAGUACUGGCUGGGCACCGAGUACAUCCACCAGAUCGCCAAGCAGAAGGUCUACCAGGUCAGGUUUGUUAUCCAGGAUUCUGCAGACACCAUCAGCUUCGCAGACUACAACCUGUUCAGCGUGGAAGACGAGUCCCAUGGCUACAGGCUGAGGCUAGGUGCCUACAACGGGACGGCGGGGGAUGCCAUGACCUCAGACAAUCCCAACAACAUGCAUGACAACAUGAAAUUCUCCACAAAGGAUCGGGACCAGGACACUUACAGUAAGAACUGUGCCUACAGCUACGAGGGCGGGUGGUGGUUCUCGUCGUGUUACUCUGUGAGGCUGAAUUACAAGGGUGGCAUGACAUGGGGCAACCUGUGCAAGGGCAACUGCAAAUCCUCCCUUAUCCUCAUCAAACCAGCUUCAUAUUGUUAGUGCUUCUUCCUCCUCCUGUCCACACUGGACACUCUGCAAAGGCUCUGA